AUGUCUGAGGCAGAGCAGCAGUACAUGGAAACGUCGGAAAACGGCCACGAAGUGGACGAUGAUUUUAACGGAGCCGGCCAGGAGGGGAACGACGGCAGCGCGGAGAACGAGUGCGGAGAGGCUGCGGGGCCCGAUGCGGACACCGACUCGCAAAACGGCGGCACCGAGGGAGGCCAAAUCGACGCCAGCAAAGGCGAGGAGGACGCCGGGAAAAUGUUUGUUGGUGGCCUCAGCUGGGACACAAGCAAGAAAGAUCUCAAAGAUUACUUCUCAAAAUUCGGCGAAGUUUCAGACUGCACCAUCAAGAUGGACCAGCAGACAGGCCGGUCAAGAGGCUUUGGCUUCAUCCUAUUUAAAGAUCCAGUCAGUGUAGACAAGGUUCUUGAACAGAAAGAGCACAGGUUAGAUGGCCGACAGAUUGACCCCAAGAAAGCCAUGGCUAUGAAGAAGGAACCUGUCAAGAAGAUCUUUGUGGGGGGCCUUAAUCCUGACACAUCCAAGGAAGUAAUUCAAGAGUACUUCGGCACCUUUGGAGAGAUUGAGACCAUUGAGCUGCCACAGGACCCAAAGACUGAGAAGAGGAGGGGAUUUGUAUUUAUUACAUACAAAGAAGAAGCUCCUGUCAAGAAGGCCAUGGAGAAGAAGUACCACACUGUUGGUGGAAGCAAGUGUGAAAUUAAAAUCGCCCAGCCCAAAGAGGUCUACAUGCAGCAGCAGUAUGGUGCUCGUGGAUACGGGGGCCGUGGAAGAGGACGUGGAGGCCAGGGACAGAACUGGAAUCAAGGAUACAACAACUACUGGAACCAGGGAUACAACCAGAACUAUGGUUAUGGACAGCAAGGCUACGGAUAUGGUGGCUAUGGCAACUAUGACUACUCUACUGGUUAUUACGGCUAUGGGGGUGGCUACGAUUACAACCAGGGCAAUACAAGCUAUGGGAAAACUCCAAGACGUGGAGGCCACCAGAGUAGCUACAAGCCAUACUGA